AGAGCAUAGCUCCGCCCCCUUCGGCCUUCUUUCCCUUCCGUCAGUUUCAUGUCUAAGGACAGGAUCCUGCCACCCGGAAGUUUCUAAUAGAUGAUGUUGGCGAUUACAGCGCGCUGAUUUGCUCGUCCAUUGCAGCUGUGUCUGGCGUCCGCUGAAGCUGAAUCCCUCAUUAGUGUCCUCCAGCAUGAAGACGAGAAGCGCUUGACGAGAUCCCGGUGAAGGCAGCGUGAUAUCGGCAGGAUGCUCCGGCUGUUCGCGGCUCUGCUCAUAAUUGUUGGGCUGCUGCUCGCCUGCUUCACUUCCUGGCUGUUUGACAGCUAUGACAGCGCCUGGCACCCGAAGCGCAGCGUGCAUCAGUCCGGAGAGGCUGGCCCUCCGUACCCCGGCGGGCGGCCGGACGGUGUGUUCUGGUUUGUGCAGGUUUCCGACAUCCAUAUCAGUCGUUUCCACGAUCCCAGGCGCAUUCCAGACUUCGAAAAGUUCUGUAGGGACACUAUUGAUGUGAUUAAACCUGACCUCGUGCUGGCCACAGGGGACUUAACAGAUGCGAAGACUGAGAGUAAAAUGGGCUCUCUUCAGCAUGAAGUGGAGUGGCAGGCCUACCACAACGUCCUUAAAAGAUCACGAGUGCUGGAACGAACUAAAUGGAUUGACAUUCGAGGAAACCAUGAUGCCUUUAAUAUUAUUUCACUGGAGAGCGUGAACAAUUAUUACAGGAAAUACUCUGCCAAUCAGAAAGUUGGAUCCUUCCACUACAUACACAGAACUCCUUUUGGGAACUACUCUUUCAUUUGUGCGGAUGCGACUCUGACCCCUGGACCCAAACGGCCCUAUAACUUCUUUGGAAUUAUCAAUCAGACUCAGAUGGACAUGUUGGCGACCUUUAGAGAGGAGAGUCUGAGCAGUAACAAGUCCAUCUGGUUUGGACAUUAUACCACAUCUACUGUCAUCUCCCCCUUCCCUGGGAUCCGAGAGCUCAUGAGUACAGCCGUGGCGUAUUUGUGUGGGCACCUACAUACACUAGGAGGCUUCAUGCCGGUACUGCACAGUCGACAUCAAGGAGGCACGCUGGAGUUAGAGCUAGGAGACUGGAUGGACAACCGCAGGUACAGGAUAUUGGCUUUCGACCAUGACCUGCUUAGUUUCACUGACGUGACGUUUGAGGACUGGCCAGCUGUGCUCAUCACCAAUCCCAAAGACGCCCAGUACCUGCACCCAGGAGUGGAGCCUCUGGGUCGUAUCCGCAGUUCCACGCACAUCAGGCUGCUGGCUUUCUCUGAAUCUCCAAUCACAGCUGUGCAUGUCAGUGUGGAUGGAGUUUCACUGGGAAAAGCGUUUAGGGCAGGGGGUCCUUUAUACGUGCUGCAAUGGAACCCAACACUAUACACUACUGGACUGCACACGAUCAGAGUAAAAGUGAAGGACUCUGCAGGUCGCUCAAAAGUGCGAGAGCAGCCAUUCACACUGGAGGGAGGCCUCGCUCCCAGCUUCGGCUUCAUGCAGUCCUUCAUCCUCCUCACAGACCACUACAUACUGGCACGGAUUGCCUUUGUGGGCAUAGUUUUCCUAAACCUUGCUGGGCUUGUGCUCUUCAGAUUUAUGCCUGUAUCUUCUACAAGAGGAUUGUCUUCUCAGGCGUGGACAUCUCUGCAUCUUGUCAGUAAAAGCAACACGUUCUUCUAUUCUCUGCUGCUGUUCAACCUGUGUACAGCAUUAGGUCCAUGGUUUAUUGGGGAAGUCAUUGAUGGACACAUUGGAGCCUGCUUUGCUUUUGGCGUGUUUGUGGAUGGCCAUUUCCUUGAAGGCAGUCUUACCUAUGUCGUGGGAGUCAUACAGGUGCUCUUCUUCAAUAUGCCUCUCACUUAUUACCUCUGCUGGAGUCUUCACCACAGGUGUCGCGGCACCAGCUUCCGCUCGCAUUUCUAUCGGCCGGGCAGCCACUGGAGGACUCUGGCCAUGCACAUAGGCAUGCUGGUCCUCAUGAUCUGGCAGGCCUAUUCUUGCUACUUCCUGCUGGAGACCUACGGGCUGCUGGCAUUCUUCCUCUCUCCCGUACGUACCUGGGCCCUGCUCAUGGGUCUGCUGUUGGUGUACAGGGCAUGGUGGGGAACACCUCCUAACUUCUCCGGUGGCAGCAAGACCAACCGACUAUCAUGACGGUGACAGUUGAAAAGAGGCCUUGACCUGCAUCAUGUUUUGUGCCAAGCUCUUCCCUCCAUUCACCGCUGUCUUCACGGUCACCGGAUUGCCAAUCAUUGCCAUUACACAUUAGGAUAGAGAAAAUAGUCUUUAGUUAAUAUGGAGCGAUGAUGGCAUCACACAUGGAUGACAGAGCUAUUUCAAACCUGGUUCUGAUCCUCCUUUGACACUAAGACACGUUAGUAGUUUUUUCUAGCCAGUUCCCGCUUUUGUGAACCUAAGCAGUGUUGAAGUCCAGAUGUGUGUGGGUAAGCAUACCUAUUCAUUUGAUAAACUGCGCAUUAUGUACAGUACUCGUCCAAUUAUGUUUGUUUUUAUUUGUGAGGAGCAAUCAAGAAAGGAAUAAGACUGCCUGAUAUUCUUUCUGUUUCUGCAUGAAACUGCCACCGAUCAGUCAAUAUGGAUACUCGUAUUGUUUUAAUGCAUAUAAACUACACUGUAAAGAGGGAAUGAUAUCAUUUAUUACACCUGUAGACAAGGUAUAAUACGUGAAGGAUAAUUUGAGGGAUGAAGCCAGUCAUUAUUGGCUAUAAAUUAUUUUAUCCAUCAAUGAAAGUAGUUCCAAAAGAAGCCAAAGUAUCAAGAUUUGCAUGUCACCAAGCAACACACAGAUGUGUGUUAAACUGUGUAUGGAAUGCUGCUCAGCCAAUCAGAUUAGAUCGGGGGUGUCCAAUCCAUCUCUUGGAGGGCCAAUAUCAGUUUCGCUCUAGGGCUGUCACUAACGAUUAUUUUGGUAAUCAAGUAAUCGGUCGAUUAUUUUGACGAUUAAUCGAGUAAUCGGGUUAAUGUAAUUAAUUUUUUUGUAGUAAAAAAUAGACCUAAGCGAACAAUAGCCUUUAAAAUUACUUCAAAUUUAUAUACACUAGUCAACAUUUGAAGUGGAUCAAAACCUUUCAUCAAAGUUGUCCUAUAACCUAAAACCAAAAUGCAUUCUUGUCUUAGGACAACUUUGAACUUUUCUGAUCCACUUCAAAUGUUGACUACUGUAUAAUAGCAAUGAGGCAAUAAUAAUUAGUUCAAACAAAGUAUCAAAAGCAAAUAAUCAUAUGGUUUUCUUGAAUAAAACUGUUAAAUUGCAUAAAGUAUUACAAACGAACUAACGUACAUUAAGCAUUGUUACAAAUGCCUGCAGAGGGCACCACUCACAACAUUUAAUUCAAGAGUCCACUUAAUCUUUAAUUUUAGGCCAUUUCUUUAUGACAGAAAUGCUACAACAAUUUUUUGAAUAUGUGUACAUCAAAUCUCAGAGCAAGGGUUUAAACUUUUAUUUUGAAAUUGUGAUUGACAGUUAGCAUAUUGAGAAAGAUGAAUUCUCCAGUGUUUGCGUAAGUUUAUAAAUGAUUUACCUUACAAAUCUGAUUCUGAUCCAUCUGAAUCUGGUGCACACGUUAUAAUAAACCCAAACUCAGUUUAAGAUGCUCCACGCAUGUAAAUGAUGACAGUUUGUGUGGAGCAGCAUUUACUGCAAACUGAAUCACUCUGACAUGCACUUAUGUAACCUACACACAUGUAAAUAAAGUGGAUAUAUUUAAUUGAAUCAUAUCGUUUGUGAAUGCACAGUAGCAUUAUGCUUUAUUAUGAUUUUUAAAUGGGUUUUAUAUAUCAUGCAGCCUUGGUAAAUGGUCUAAUAACGGUCCGUGUAAUGCGUCACUUUGCCGGUUACUCGACAAGGGCAAAAUACAAUAGAGGAUUUUUUUAAAACCGAGUACUCGAAUUGAAUCAAGGAAUCGUGACAGCCCUAUUUCGCUCCAACACACUUGCCUGGAAGUUUGUAGUGAGUUUGAAGACCCUCAUUACUUUGGUUCAGGUGUGUUAAAUUAGGGUUGGACCUAAACACUGCAGGACAGAGGCACUCCAGGAACUGAAUUUGACACCCCUGGAUUAGACGAUCAGGACUCCAUAAUGACUAGAUGACUGUACAUUAUCCCACUUAUUACACCGCUACUUAACAAAACAAUCUUUUUAUUUUAUUGCAAACUGCAUCAUGAUAAAAGGACAAGAAAUUGCAUUGGACAAUAUUCAACUGUAUAGUUUAGAAGUCAUUGUACAAAAAUAGUUGACAUAGAAGGCCAACAUUGACAAGAAUAUGUCGGAAUUAAAGGGAUAGUUCACCCAAAAAUUACAUCAGUUACUCAAUUCCACAUCUGUAGGACUUUCGUUCAUCACUGAUCAAAACACAAAUGAAGAUGCUUUAAGAGAAGCUCAACCAUACUUUCUUGAUGCAUGAGAACAAACCAAACUUUUCGAAGCAGGAAAGGACAGAAAUCUUUCAGUAAUAAUUAAAACAUCUUUAUUUGUGUUUCAAAGAUGAACGAAUGGCUUUGGAAUGACAUAAGGAUGAUGAACUAACCCUUUAAGUAUUUUGAAGAGCCGUGUAAUAGGUUUUGGUGUGGAACACAGUUUUAUCCACUGUCUUACAGUGUAAAAACUUAAUUUUGAACAAAAAUUAACUGAUUAUACAUAUUCAAAUACAUAUUUCAAAGGAUGAAACCACUAUAUUAGUAUAGAUGGGAAUGAAUGUAGAACAUUUUUGUUGCACAGUCAUAGUUAAUACACUUAAUAAUGGCCACUUCAACACAUGCUGAAGAUUAAAGCCAGACAUUUUGGACUGCUGAAGGGAACAUCCCAAUGUAACACAUAAAAGAAGACACUGAACACAUGGAAAUAGUCAAAUGUGCAUUCUAUUGCAUGUUUAUUAGAGAAAUGUUUUGAAGCAGCUCUUUUAUAGUUGGUUUUUCACAGUUGCAGGCCACACAAACACAAUGCCCAUCAGUUAGUUUGAAAAGCAACUCUGUGUUGCCAUUGAGGUCUGUCUUUUUUGCCCUCAUAAUCCACUUGACAGAUGACAGAAAGAGCUGUGACAAGAGUUUCUGGUGGAUUCACUGACAUUCCUGUUGACUCUCAGGAAAGUAAAGACUUGAACAAUAGGCUGCUCUAGUUUGUCUUUCACUGCCCUGAAUGUUAUUUUAAAAAAAGAGUUUUGUUGCCAUUUUAAGGCGCAUAAUAGUGAGAACGAACCUUUUUAGAAGAUUCCACAUUUACUCGGUAUGUUAAUCUAGAUUUGUGGUGAACCAAUAGGACUUUGAAUGUUUGAUGAUGAAAUAUCUGCUUAUAUGUGAUUUGGGUUUAAGUACUGUAUUUCUUUUUUUAAUUAUGUUAUUGUAUUCAUCCACAUUGAUAUUGUAAUGUAUAUUCCUUCCAGUUGUUCUGCACUGUUUUAUGGGCAUUCUUUGGGUCACGUGGCUUUUGUAGUUCCACUCAUGUCGGAAAGUGCCGUUCACAUUUGUUUUGUGGAAGCCACAAAAUAGUUUCUUUUCAGUGAACAAUGAAUACAUAUUUACUUGGAGUUUAAUCAGAAUUCUCUUUUAACAAUUGGCUUCACCACAAAAUACGGCCAAAAAUAGAUUCUUUAUUCUGUUUUACAAUGUUGACAAUGUUGUUUGCCCACAUGAAAUUACCUCAAUUUAUAUCUGUCAUGUUUCUGCAACUCUGAAUCAAAUUGCAUUGGAAUUGAUUUAUCUGGCUGUAUUUAUGUACAACAAAGUAAAGGGGUUUCAUAUUGUGA